UGUCAGACUAUCAUUCUUCCUCGUUAUGAUAUGUUGCAACAACUUCUAACAAAGUUAGCAGCCAACUAGUGCGUAAUCUAUUAUUUACAAGCCAAUUUCACACAGUUGACACUUGGCGAGUGUUAAUUUUGGACGCUGGAAUUAAGUUGUAGACAUGUGCAACACAGACUCAUUUCUGCUUCACACACAUAUAUGAACUUGUUUUUCUCCUGUGUUUGCAGGAACGCCAUCUCUAAGCAGUUCUGGUACCGUGAUGGUGCUGGUUGGUGAUGUGAAUGAUAAUAUUCCAUCAUUCAGCUCAAUGUCUUUCCACACAACUAUUCCUGAAGAUGCAGCCACCGGAACAGACGUCCUGUUGCUCAACAGCUCAGAUGCUGAUGUAGGAUUCAAUGGCGUGAUAAGUUACAGUCUCAGUGGCGGGGACGGUCAAUUCUCCAUCAACCCAGCCACAGGUCUGAUCAUCACCAGCUCCUUGCUGGAUCGAGAGGCAAGGGCGAGUUACCAGCUGCUGGUGGUGGCAUCAGAUGGUGGACAGCCCACACCGCUAUCCAGCUCUGCCACAGUGUCUGUGGUUGUGGCCGACAUCAAUGAUAACCCUCCACGGUUUCACCAUCAUCCAUAUGUUACACACAUACCUGCUUCUACUUCCACAGGCUCACUGGUCUUUGCGGUCACAGUAACAGAUGAAGACACUGGUUCAAAUGCUCAACUUCACUAUUCGCUCACUGGACGCAAUUCAGAAAAGUUUAGGAUAGACCCCAUCAGAGGUGCCAUUACUGCAAAUGAAAAACUCACAGGGAGUUCAGAGGUCACCUUCACGGUCCAUGUAAAAGAUGGAGGCACCAACCCUAAAACAGACAGCACAACUGUUACAGUUCGCUUUGUUACUGGAGGAGACUUUCCCCAUAUUAGAAUCAAGGAGAAAGCCUUCACCUUCCCAGAAAACCAACCCACAAACACUGUUGUGACUAAGGUGACCGGAUCUUCACCCAGGGCAGGUUCUUUGUCAUUCUACAUUGCAAACGGAAACCUGGACAAUGCAUUCCACAUAGAUCAACUUUCAGGAGAGCUGUCUAUCAAAAAGCCUCUGGACUAUGAGAAUAUUGAGAAGUAUGUCUUGUGGAUAGAGGCCAGAGACCAAGGCUUUCCCCCUUAUUCAGCCUAUGAGAAAUUAGAGAUCGCAGUUCUGGACGUUAACGACAACCAUCCUACUUUUGAACAAGAACCUUUUCACGCUGAGAUUUUAGAAAACCUCCCACCCCAACGUGUGCUGAUAGUAUCAGCAUUUGACCAGGACAGUGGACCAAACGGGCAACUGGAAUAUGCCAUAAUUGAAGGCAACAAAGAAAACAGCUUCAGCAUCAACAGGGCAACUGGUGAAAUCCGCACAACACGACCACUGGAUCGAGAGAAGGUCUCUCAGUAUGCUUUGAGAGUAAAGGCGACGGAUAGAGGCAGCCCUCCUAAAAGCACGGCAGUCAAAGUCUUGAUCAGUGUGCUGGAUGUUAAUGAUAAUGCUCCCAGAUUCUCUAAAAUCUUCAGUGCCACUGUACCUGAAAAUGCACCAGUGGGCUUCACUGUGACUCAAGUAACCACCACCGAUGAAGACACAGGAGCUAACGCUAUAAGCCGAUACUCCAUUAGCGAUGCAAGUCUUCCCUUCAUUAUCCACCCCAGCACAGGAGACAUCACCAUCAGUAGACCUCUAAACAGAGAGGACACAAACCACUACAUUGCCAAAGUCUCAGCACAUGAUUCCGGAUGGACUGUUAGCACAGAUGUCACAAUAUUUGUGACAGAUGUGAAUGAUAACACUCCGAGAUUUAGCAAGCCGUCAUAUUACCUGGACUAUCCUGAGCUGACAGAGGUCGGAUCCAUCGUGACUCAAGUCUCUGCCACAGAUCCUGACGAGGGUUUCAAUGGAAAAAUAUUUUACUUUAUCAGAUCUCAAACAGAGUACUUCCGAAUCAACUCCAGUUCUGGUGAGAUUUUCAUUAAACAGCAGCUCAGGUAUCAAAACUCCAGUGGCCACAGUAACAUCAAUGUAAACCGUCAUAGUUUCAUCGUCACCGCUUCAGACCGAGGCAUCAAGCCACUCAUGAGCGAAACCACAGUUAUCAUAAAUGUAGUUGACAGCAAUGAUAACCCACCCAAAUUUGAAUCUUCCUUUUACUUUACCCCUGUCACUAAAAGCGUAAAAGUUGGCACCAGACUCCUCAAAGUCACAGCCCAUGAUCACAAGGACUUUGGCCUGAACUCUGAAAUAGAGUAUGCGGUAUCUGGAGGCAACAGUUCCAGCAAGUUCCGCUUGGAUAAACAAACUGGAUUGGUCACAGUUGCGUCCUCACUCACAGCAGACACAAAUAAAGUUUACCUGCUUGAAAUAACAGCAAGUGACAGAGGGAACCCACCUCUGUCCGCUAAGACAACAGUCAAAAUAGCUGUUACAGAAGAGAACCAUCAUACUCCAGAGUUUUCACAGAACCAAGUAACAGUCACUGUGUCUGAAGGUCUGACUGUCGGCACAGCCAUCCGCACACUUUCAGCACGAGAUAAGGACAAGGACAAACAAAUGAAUGGCCUGGUUGUGUACAACAUCUCCUCAGGUAAUGACGAUGGCUUGUUUUCAAUUCACAGUCAAACAGGCGUUUUAUCCCUAGCAAAGCUGCUGGAUUAUGAGACAAAGCAGAAGCAUGAACUCAGAGUUUCUGCAACAGAUGGAGGGUGGAUUGCCAAGACAAGCUAUGUUACAGUUAAUGUCCUAGUGACUGAUGUAAAUGAUAACCCUCCUCUGUUCGACCCCGUGGAAUACUUCCCUGUCGUACAGGAAAAUGUCCCCAGUGGCACCACUGUGGUAAAAAUGAAUGCAACUGAUAAAGACUCAGGGCCAAAUGCCCUGAUGGCAUACAUCAUUCAGUCAUCAGACAGUGACUUGUUCAUAAUUGAUCCCAACACAGGAAUCAUCACCACACAAGGUUUCCUAGACUAUGAAGCUAAACAGGUGUAUCACCUGACCGUCAAAGCCUUUAAUGUUCCAGAUGAAGAACGUUGCAGCUUUGCAAAUGUUAAUAUUCAGCUAAAAGGUGCUAAUGAAUAUGUCCCUCGUUUUGUGUCAAAGCAGUACUACUUUGAGGUUUCAGAGGCAGCACCUAAAGGCACAGUCAUUGGAGAGGUGUUUGCGAGCGACAGAGACUUGGGAGAAGAUGGCAAAGUGUAUUACUUGAUUUUUGGAAGAAGCAGAAAAAGGGGUUUUAACAUUAAUAAAAAGACAGGUCAAAUCUAUGUCUCAGGACCGCUUGACCGUGAAAAAGAAGAAAAGAUUUCUCUUAAAGUCUUAGCUAAGAAUUCAGGAAGCAUAAGAGGGGCAGAUAUUGAUGAGGUGCUUGUAAACAUCACAAUUCUGGAUGCCAACGAUCCCCCUGUAUUCACCCAGGAGCUCUAUGAUGUUCAGGUGAAUGAAGGACUAUCCCCUGGAAGUCUGGUUACAUUCGUCAGUGCUGAGGAUUCAGAUUCUGUCCCUAGCUGGAGCAGAUUCACCUAUGCCAUCACUGCCAAUUAUGAAAAAGGUACCUUCACCAUCAACCCUCAGACAGGACAGGUGUCUGUGGCUUCAGAACUGGACCGGGAAACUGUCCCUGUGUACAACCUCACUGUCCUAGCAGUUGACUCUGGUUCUCCAGCUGCCACCGGCAGUGCCAUUUUAAUUGUGACCCUGGAGGAUAUUAAUGAUAAUGGACCAACUUUGGAGACUAAAAGUGGGGAAGUGAUGGAGAACCAGAGAGCAGGAACAUCCGUGAUGACGCUCAGUUCAAGUGAUCCAGAUCUUGCACCAAAUCAAGGACCAUUCUCCUAUAGCCUCGUUAGCACUGGAGCAGCAUCCAGCUACUUCACACUCAGUCCAACUGGAGAGCUGACCACCAGCCGGGAGAUAGACCGAGAGAAGAUAAGUGAUUUCUACCUCCCUGUGAUAAUCAAAGACUCUGGUAUUCCUCAGAUGUCCUCGACAGGAACUGUCCACAUCAAAGUCAAUGAUCAGAAUGAUAAUCCCUCAGAGUCUCGCUCCGCAGAAAUCUAUGUGCAUUAUUUUGGAAAUAUGUUCCCUGGAGGAUCACUGGGGGUGGUAAAGCCACAGGAUCCAGAUAUACAAGACACAUUCCACUGUUCUCUGACUCCACCAGUGGCUGUCCUCUUCAGCAUUCCCACAGGAACCUGUGACCUCCGCUCAAACAGUCGCUCCACAGAUGGCACAUUUGAUUUAUCGGUGCGUAGCAGCGAUGGUGUCCACGACGCUGUCAACAGCCAUGUCCGUGUUUUCUUUAUUGGAUUCAAUAAUGCCACAGUGGAAAACAGCAUCCUGAUACGAGUCGUCUCCCAAAGCACCAGCGACUUCCUUACUAAUCACUACCUCAGUUUCCUGCGCAUCGCCAAUUCACAGCUAGCUGGCUUGGGCACUGGAGUCCAGAUCUAUGGGGUAUUUGAACUAAACAACAGCACUUUCCUGAUGGCAGCUGUAAAGCGGGGUCACGGGCAGUAUGUCAAUCCGAGUGGAGUCGCCACUUUCUUCCAGAGCAUCAAAGAGAUUCUGCACAGACAAAAUGGAGUUAAGAUUGACUCUGUGGACUAUGAUCCCUGCUCCCACAAUCCGUGUCAAAAUGGGGGGAGCUGCAAGAGGCGGCUGGGUGUUGGUCCAGACAUGAAGACGGAGGAGAGUGUCCCGGUCAUCCUCGUCUCAAAUCGCCCCCUACAGCCAUACGCGUGUAACUGCAGGCCAGGUUAUGCCGGUGCCCUCUGCGAGACUGACAUCGAUGAGUGCCAGCCGACACCUUGCCACAAUGGAGGAACUUGCCAAAACCUGGUCGGUGGAUUCUCUUGCUCCUGUCCAGAAGGUUUCACUGGGAUGGCUUGUGAGAGGGACAUCAAUGAGUGCCUUUCGAACCCCUGCCAGAAUGGGGCACUAUGCCAGAAUUACCCCGGGGGCUUUAACUGCCUGUGCAAAUCUGGAUUUGCAGGGAAAGCCUGUGAGACCAUCAUCAAUUACUGUGAGUGUAACCCCUGUUUUAAUGGGGGUUCCUGCCAGAACCGGGUGGAAGGCUAUUACUGUCACUGUCCUUUUGGUGUGUUUGGAAAGCACUGUGAACUGAACAGCUACGGAUUUGAGGAGCUGUCUUUCAUGGAGUUCCCCAGCCUCGACCCUAACAACAACUACAUCUACAUCAAGUUUGCCACGUUGAAGGAAAACGCCCUGCUCUUGUACAAUCAUGACAACCAGACCGGCGACAAGGCGGAGUUCCUGGCCCUCGAGAUCUUAGAGGGCAGAAUGAGGUUUUCGUUUAACUUGGGGAGCGGCACAUACAAGCUCAUGACCACCAUCAGGAUCUCAGAUGGACAGUUCCACACGGUCAUCGCCAGGAGGGCAGGAAUGGCUGCGUCUCUCACUGUGGACCUGUGUGGAGAGGAACAGGAACCGGGAUACUGUGCCGUCAGCAAUGUGGCUGUUCAUACUGACUGGAUUCUGGAUGUCCAGCCGAACCGUCUGUCUGUUGGAGGCGUUCGCUCGAUUGAAGCCCUCCUGCAUCGUCGAGGUCAGGUGGCCACGCAUGACUUUGUGGGGUGCAUCAUGGAGUUUGCUGUCAAUGGACGUCCGCUGGAACCGUCUCAAGCUCUGGCUUCACACGGCAUCCUGGACAGAUGUCCAAGGUUAGAGGGUGUGUGUGUCGCCGAGCCCUGCAGACACGGUGGGACGUGUCUGGACAUGUGGUCAUCGCAGCAGUGCCAGUGUAUGGAGGGUUUCACUGGACACACCUGUGAGAAAUACAUCACUGCAGAUACGGCUCUGUCUCUGGACGGUUCGGGUCGUUUGGACUAUGGUUUGAGUCAGACUCGCAAGAGAGAUGUGUUGUUGGCACGAGCGCUGCAGGACCCCGGCCGACCCAUCCCAGAAUACAGCAGCUUGGAGCUGAAGUUCCGCACUCGCAGUGGCUCGGGAACGCUGCUGCACGCACAGGAGAGCUCCAACUACACCACCAUCAGGCUGAAGAACGGUCUGCUGCAGUACGUGUCUGACGCCGGUGUCGCUGGUAAGGUGGAGAGGAUUGUGGGAGAUGUUGUUCUGUCCGACGGUCAAUGGCACACACUCCUGCUUCAGAGAAACGGAUCAUCCACCGUUCUGCGGAUCGACGAGUCCAGCUCGAAAGUCAUUCUGCACAAUACACAGGACUUUGGAGGGAUCGAUGUCCACACACUGUCUCUCGGGGGCGUCCCAGCCCGACCAACACAACAGAAACUCAUCCCAGGUUUUGAUGGGUGUUAUGCCUAUGUGAAAUAUAACGGAGAGAUGCUCCCCUUCAGUGGUGAACACAGGACCGUCUCCAUCUCAAAGACUGAUCCUUCUGUGAAGAUCGGCUGUCGUGGCCCUAAUCUAUGUGAGAGUAGCCCAUGCUGGGACGGGCUGAUGUGCGUAAACCAGUGGUACACCUACCAAUGUGUCCCGCCGGGCGACUGCACCUCGAAUCCCUGCCAGCACGGUGGCAGUUGUGUGCCCGGCGCUCGUGGAGGCUUCACCUGUGCGUGUGAGGAGUCCUACACGGGCAGAGUCUGCGAGAGCCUGGUGGCCUGUCUCGGAGUCCGGUGUCCACAGGGUAACGAGUGUAAGCUGGGAGCCAAUGGAGGGUUCAUCUGUAGUCCAAGCCCCACCACCGAGGAGAUGGUUCUGCCCAUCUGGGCCGUUCCUGCAAUAGUAGGCAGCUGCGCGACUGUUUUGGCGUUGGUGGUUUUGAGUCUCAUCCUGUGCAACCACUGCAAGGGCCGCAAGAAUACCAAAGUGCCAAAGGAUGAGAAGAAAACAAAGGAAAAGAAGAAGAAAAAGAAAAAGAAAGGCAGUGAGAAUGUGGCGUUCGAUGAUCCGGACAACAUUCCGCCUUACGCAGACGAUAUGACAGUCCGAAAACAGCCAGAGGGAAACCCCAAACCUGACAUCAUAGAGCGAGAGAACCCUUACCUGAUCUACGAUGAAACCGACAUUCCGCACAACAACGAAACCAUUCCCAGCGCUCCCUGUGCUCCGUGUGCAGGACCAGAGGCAGAUAUGGAACACUACGACAUUGACAACGCCAGCAGCAUUGCUCCAUCAGAUGCAGACAUCAUCCAGCACUACAAACACUUCCGAAGCCAUACUCCCAAGUUUUCCAUUCAGCGCCACAGUCCACUGGGAUUUGCUCGCCAGUCCCCUCUUCCUCUAGGUGCCACAAGCUACACUUAUCAGCCGACCUACACCCAGGGGCUCCGCUCCACCCCUCUCAGCCAUUCAGCUUGCCCCACGCCCAAUCCCCUGUCCCGUCACAGCCCAGCACCCUUCAACAAGCCACCCUCCUUCUACCGCAACACUCCCACCCGUGAACUCAACUUGGCACGCCGUGAGGGAAGCCCUCUAGAUUUCCACGGCGAUGUGUGCCAGCCUGGUAUGUUCAACUAUGCCACCCGAUUGGGAAGGCGCAGCAAGAGCCCUCAAACCAUGGCGGGCCACGGCUCUCGGCCUGGGAGUCGUCUUAAACAGCCAAUCGAGCAGAUUCCCCUGGAGAGCGGCCCUCCUGUGGGGUUGUCCAUAGAGGAGGUGGAACGCCUCAACACACCUCGACCCAGGAAUCCCAGCAUCUGCAGCGCCGAUCACGGGCGCUCUUCAUCUGAGGAAGACUGCCGUCGACCGCUCUCACGUGUCAGGAACCCUGCGGAUGGCAUCCCUGCUCCGGAAUCCUCCUCCGAGAGCGACUCCCAUGACUCCUUCACCUGCUCGGAGAUGGAGUACGAUCGCGAGAAACCAGUUUCUUAUAGUUCUCGCAUGCCCAAGCUCUCGCAGGUCAACGAAUCGGACGCUGAUGAUGAGGAUCAUGGAGGGAGGAUGCGACAGAGGCGAUACUCCAGCCGACGUGCGGAGGGGGGGCCGGCAAGCGGCCACAACACUCUAUCAGAGUAUCAGCACCACACACUACCCCAUAAACUGGGACAAGGGUCCAAUAAUUUCAACUGGGACAACCUACUGAACUGGGGUCCGGGGUUCACCCACUACGUGGAUGUUUUUAAAGACUUAGCACUGCUACCAGAGAACUCUGCUGCUAAAGACAUUGAAAUGAAGAGUGGCGAUGGCUCCAUCACGAUUCUGAAUGAGGGCGAAACCGAGCAGUACGUAUGAGAAGCACUGAGUCCUUGGGCCUCAUUUAUAAAGCAUGCAUACACACAGAUUUGAUCUUAAAGUGUGCGUAUGCUUAAAUCCAUGCAAAUUCUUAUAUUUGUAAAAACCGCCUUAGCAUCACCUUAGGAUCUGAGCAGACGUACUUUUUCUUGUCGAAGUACUGCAGGUUUUUGGCAAAUGUAAGCUGUUCUUGCAGCUUGCUGUUCUAAAUGUAAGGAUUUGAAUGAUUACUGGUGAUUUUUUAUAUGUUAGUGUCAUUAAUUAGGAGUCGUUUACAAGGCAUAGAGCUGAAAACAUUCAGUUGUGCGCAAUCUGAUCAUUUGCGAUUAAGAUUUCACAUCGUCAGGUGUACACAUGUUUUCUGUGCCUACAUUCAUUCUAUGAAUCACACAUAUGCAUUUUUGUGAGAUGAUCACAAGGUCAAAUUAAGGAUGGUUUCUGUGCAACAUUUUAUAAAUGAGGCCCAUCUCUUCGCCUUCUGAGACUGGAGUCAGGAGCCAUGGUACACAUGAAAUACUGAUCAGUUAAGACGAACUUAAAUGCAGCAAGGCAGAGCACUGAUUGAAAAGACGAGCACCAAACACCCUUCACAGAGUGCACUACAGAAACACUAGGGGUUGCACUGACUAGUUGUUUGACUAGUCAUGGAUUAGGCAAAGGUGCAUCCCUGUGUAUGUGCAUGACAUUAUCUUCAUACAGUAUUGACCGAUUGUAUUUGUAAUUUAGUAAACCCAGGGCACAUUGCAAGUGAACCCCACUGGUGCUGUGUAAUGACUGAUUUUGUUAAAGUGUUGCAUUGAACAUAAACAGCAAAGACUGCUGAUGCCGGAUGGCGCAUUAUGAGUCACUUACGUUAAGAUAAACAGCCAUCCACUCACUAGUAAACGAAUAGUCGUGCAACCCCUUCCUACAAACACACAAUGUCUGGAAGAGGAAGCUGGGAGAGGUGUGGCACACAUAUGAAGUGAAUCAGUUCUGGUCCAUCUGUCUGUUCGGACUUGCUAAAAUAAAGUUUGUCAUAAUGAAGGGUCGUUGUGACCCUCCAGCGCUGCACCCCUAGAGUCUAAACUCUUUCCAUUUGGCAGAUUUUCCUGUGCGUUAGUGCCUCGACCUCUAGGAAGCACAUCCAUGAGCUCGGUGUGAAGAACAGGGACAUAUUUGGCCCCGGUUCUGCACGCUUCAGCCAAAAUCAAAAGAAAAGCUUUGGAAGCGUCCGCCAAGAAUGGAUGUUUCUCAUCCUGAAUAACUGGCUGCCGUCUAAAACAACAAAACCUCCAGAUAUGAGAUUAAUCAGGCUUCUGCCUUCUGGAUAUUUGAGGAUUUAUAUUUAGGAGCACGGACACUAUGACUUUGAACGGUGUAUUGCAGGUUUCGUACAAACACGCUUGACCUGUUUAACGCAACGCCCACCUGCUACGAGACUAUGAACUUGUGUACAUUUUGUAUUAAUAUGGAAGCUCUUGGAAGUUGAUGUUCUCUGUUGUUACAUGUUCUUUGUUGUUGUUGUUGUUUUUUUCAAUGUACUGUUUCUACUUUUUUACUGUUUAUUAACUUAAAGGUUCAUCAGCAUUUUUAUGGAUAUUUUUCAUAUGCUGGAAAUGAGGUUCUUACUUUCAGCGGAAGUAAGAUUGAACUUGUUAUUUUUUACAUUUGUUACUUAUGUAACAUCAGUAUUUUCCACUAUUUUGAUAAAACUAUAACAUAAAUGUCUGUGUAAAAGCCAAUAACAGAAUAAAAAAAAAUAUUUAUUUAAAAAACUUUUGAUGUGAUGAGACUAGACUGAAUGAAAGCUGGAUAUCAAAAUGAUAUUUUUUAACAAGUUUCAGUGCAUUUAACCAUAAAUUACUCCGAAAUGAGUUGAAUGAAACAUUCAAUAGCUCUCAGAGACUGAAAACGAGCACCGAUGCAGAACUUUAGUAAUAUUAAUUAAAAGGUGACAGCCACAUGUGUCAUGUGUAAUUGUUUUAUGAAUCUGUCCGUGUAACAAAAAAUAACUGAUGCUUUAAAUAUAGGUUCAAAAGGAGAGGUUUGAAAGUCUGUGUGACAAAUGUUAUGGCGACUGUAGCUUUAACACUUAUAAGUUAGGAUGUGUGUAAUUAAAAGAGACUUAUAUUUUGAAGAAUUGGGGAAACCAGGCACUGAAGAAUCAGCCAGAACGAGCAAAAGAUCUGCACCGCUGAACCUCUCUGAGCGGCGGAGCUCCUGAGGGAUCUUGCUCUCUGCUGUUGUUUACUAAAGCAACACACAGCUGAUUUUGCACAAACUUACAGGAAGCGACUGUGAAUAAACAAUCACACAUUCCAUUAAACAGCAUGCCUCUGAUGCUGCGGAGACGGUCUUGGACUGCGUUAAAACUGUGGCUGCGACUGGAGUUUUUCCUGUGGUUUUGAAGUUUUAACUAAUUUUAUGACAUUUAUAUUCAUGCAAAUCUAAGGUAACAUCUGCAACAAUAAUCUGAAGAAUGCAUCGUUUAAAGCCACUUAAUGAAUCACACCGGAUCACAGACGAUGUUUUCUCAGCAGCAGAAGUCUAAGUCUUAAAUAGCCAAAGAAGAAAUACACGAUAGUGU